UCAUAAUGGGUGGAGUCAGAAUUGAUUGAUAGGGCACUGUUGCAAUGAAAUCGCUAGUUUGCUCAACCGUAGACGUAUAUAUAAGGUUUCUGCCACAUUCUCUUCCUUUGUGAUAAUGUCGGCUGAAUAUGAAGACAGACCUCCCAGAGAUAAUGGCCCAGAGGGCAUGGAGCCAGAUGGGAUCAUUGAGAGCAACUGGAAUGAGAUCGUGGACAGUUUUGAUGAGAUGAACUUGGGCGAGAAGCUGCUCAGGGGAAUCUAUGCCUAUGGUUUUGAAAAACCCUCCGCUAUCCAGCAGAGGGCUAUCCUCCCUUGUAUCAAGGGUUAUGAUGUGAUUGCACAGGCUCAGUCUGGUACUGGGAAGACUGCCACCUUCGCCAUUUCCAUUCUGCAGCAGAUCGACAUGGAGCUGAAGGGCACCCAAGCCCUGGUCCUGGCCCCCACCAGAGAGCUGGCUCAGCAGAUCCAGAAGGUGAUCCUGGCCCUGGGUGACUACAUGGGCGCCUCCUGCCAUGCCUGUAUAGGAGGGACCAAUGUCCGUAACGAGGUUACCAAGCUCCAGGCUGAGGCCCCUCACAUAGUGGUGGGGACCCCUGGCCGCGUGUUCGAUAUGUUGAACCGCAAAUACCUGGCCUCCAAGAACAUCAAGAUGUUUGUGCUCGACGAGGCAGAUGAGAUGUUGAGUCGAGGUUUCAAGGACCAGAUCUACGAGAUCUUCCAGAAGCUCCCCACCAGCACACAGGUGGUGCUGCUGUCUGCCACCAUGCCCCAGGAUGUGCUGGAGGUCACCAAGAAGUUCAUGCGUGAGCCCAUCCGCAUCCUGGUCAAGAAGGAGGAGCUUACCCUGGAGGGUAUCCGCCAGUUCUACAUCAAUGUUGAGAAAGAGGAGUGGAAGCUGGACACCCUGUGUGACCUUUAUGAGACCCUGACCAUUACCCAGGCUGUGAUCUUCAUAAACACCAGGAGGAAGGUGGACUGGCUCACUGAGAAGAUGCACGCCAGGGAUUUCACCGUCUCUGCUCUGCAUGGAGACAUGGACCAGAAGGAGAGAGACCUGAUCAUGAGGGAGUUCCGCUCAGGCUCCAGUAGAGUUCUUAUCACCACUGACCUGCUGGCCAGAGGUAUUGAUGUCCAGCAGGUGUCACUGGUCAUCAACUAUGACCUGCCCACCAACAGGGAGAACUACAUCCACAGGAUUGGUCGAGGUGGUCGUUUCGGUCGUAAGGGCGUUGCCAUCAACAUGGUGACUGAGGAGGACAAGCGUACGCUGCGGGACAUUGAGACGUUCUACAACACCACCGUUGAGGAGAUGCCAAUGAACGUGGCUGACCUCAUCUAGUUUCUACAUUCUAGAGGAUUUAGUUCGGCCCCAGGUCCCCCCUCCAUCUCCGUCCCAACCUCCCACUUCAUCAAAUACUGAACAAAAACGUCCCCCUGCCCCUUCAAAUGAGGAUCCUUGGUCCCACCACCUUUACCUGGGAUCCGUCUAGAUCCCUCCCCUGCAAUCUGAUCCUGUUUCACCAUGAUUCUGAUCCUUGACCUAGUAGUAUUCUAACCCAACUCAAUUUUCUCUGAACUGUGGGAGGGGGGGGGUCUUUAUGGCCCAUUCCUUUAGUCUGCAGUUAAGCUAAUUUGAGUCCUACCUAACCCCUCCCAUUGUCUUUCCAAAGUCAAAAAUAUGUUUUGAUGUGUUUUUUUUAGCUCAACUCCCUGACAUGAUUGGGGCAAUCGUGCUACUCAGACUGAAGUUUAGAAUUGAUAAUGGUUGUUAAAGAAUAACCCGUAUAGUUAGAGGCCACAUUCAUUACUAUAAUGGCUUCUGUGCCCCCUCCAACUUGAGCCUAUCUUGACUGGAUCCAAGUCAUGGUUAUGAUAUCCACUCUACCCCCCCCAUGAUGCAAUUUAGUGGCAUUUGUGUAUGUCGUGGGGGGGUGACUUGCUUUUAUGCUGACUCUGGCUGUCUGAUUCUGCACCAUACAUACCCUAUGUAAUGCACAGUAGGCAAUAGGGUGCCAUUUUGGAUGCACCGUUCUUACUAUUGUAAAGUGUAUCAUUGAUCUACAGUCAGUGGGUGUUUUGAGUUCUUCAGUAAGUGUGCGACAAAAUAUACCAUGGACUUUUUGGUCUUGGAGAUGUGUUAUUACAUUACCAUUUGCCAGAAUACUGCUUCUAAAGAUUACAAUGUAUCUACUGAAAUUGGUAUCCAACCCUAUUCUCUCAAUGGGUAUUUAAAGGUUUGUUUAAGAAAGGGGCUUCAACAAAUAAAAAAAUUGUAUAGGAAAAAAAACACAAUCAUGAAUGAGUAUGACAUGUUUUCCUCUUGAUGUCAGCUCUCUGCUGUGCUAUUCUCUUGUUUAUAUUUCUGCUUUAUCUUGUAUAGUCCAAGUUGUGAGGUAGCAUUAUUAUUUUUUUUGUUUGAAACCUGUUGCUUAUUGGUGGGGCUGCAGGGAAACUGACCGCUCACGGCAGAAUAGGUUAUGGCGGGGAUUACAAUCCAUACCCUGUUUCGAACUGUCACAAGAACCCUGCUGUGGGAAUUUCAAAGGACAGGUCUUAUUUCUUUCCAGAGAUAACUGAUUUGAAAGGGUGGUGUCACUUUUGUAACCUACCUCACCAAACUGUUGGGGGGGUCUUUACACGUAAAGGACCAAACUACAAAUGAUUGAGUAUAUAGAGAUUACUAUUAUAACAUGUUUUGUUUUUUUUAACAGCUAAAAAAUAUGGGCUGUCAUUGGGUGGGGUGGGUUGAAAGGGAUGUGGGGAUUUAUUGAUUUGUCAGUGCUAUUUUUAAAAUGUGAUUAUGAAAUUAACCUUUUUUGAGACAGAGGCAAUGUAUCAACUUUUCUACAUUGGGUUCUGUAUAGUAUUUAUUUUAAUGGUCUUAAAUAAAAGGUGUUUCUCCUUUUUAACAAGUUAA